AUGAAGGUUUCUCUCGUCCUCACUCUCUCCUACCUCAUCACGGCCGCGUGGGCCGGAGGAUACCAGAAUUGCCUCGAGCGUGUCUGGCUCUUCGAGUCCUUCCUCAUCGACCAGAAGAACCCCGUAAGCGAGCAGCAGAUCGGUUACCAGUGCAACAACUGGAGACAGAACAAGUGCGUCGGCACCUGGGUUCCCUGCCGGCCCAGACAGGGCCGGACGCAGUGCAACUUUGACGACUUCCAGCAGUUCCUGGGCAACAUGCGGCCGGGCAUGCCGGCGCAGGCGGCCAACAGGCCCGACGGGUCCCUGGACGCCCAGCGGACGGCCGUGAACUGCAUCUGGGCCUGGAGGGACCAGAACCUGCCGCCGUACAACUUCAAGGGGUACAAGGCGGUCAAGCACGGCCGCAACAACCACAACGACUUCAUCUACCGCAUCGGCCAGAUCAACAACGACAACUACAACAAGCCCGGCGUCAGAGCGGCCGCCGGCGACGCGGCGUUCAGCCGCGUCGACGACACGCUCACCAAGAUCACGCAGGCCCGCGUCGCCGACCACGGCCGCCACCUGAUCCCCGCUGCCCAGGCCGCCCUGCCCGGCGUCACCAUUCGCCAGAAGGACAUGGGCGCGAGCCCGUUCUACCGUGCGACAUGGGUGCCGCCGGCAGGAGUCGACCCGGACACGCCGCGGUUCCAGACGGUCGACUGGGAGGCCACCAUCAACAACUCGCCCAACCCUACCAACACCCGCGCCCAGGUACGCGGCUGGUUGGACACUUACUAUCGCGGGCCCACGGCCAACCGCAACGCGAAGGACCACUGGCAGGUUCUCAGGUCUUACAAGACCAUCAAGGACCGGACGAACCGUUGCCGGAAGCAUUAA